UUAUCUUCAGUAGUACCAUUUUUUUUAAAAAAGAUAAUGUUUGGACAUAAUGGCAUUAAAUCAAGUAUUUACAAGUUUACAAUGUGCCCAAUUUUGCAGGAUGCCUAUCUUUUUUUCUUUACGCCAUUUGAUAAAUUUCCAAGUAAAGAAAAUACAAAAAAUCAAAUCUCAUUUCUCAAUCCAAAAGAUUAUUUGUUCGAAUAUUCCAAUCGAAUUAAAGAAGGUAUUCUUUCAAAGAAGACAAAUUGGGAAUUUUCAUUGUGUGUUGGUUGCUGUAACAAUACUGCUGAUAUUGUUAUUAUCCCUUGUGGACAUACUGUAUUUUGUUCUCGUUGCGAGACUAAAUGGAAAGAUAAAUGCCCUUAUUGCAAAAGUGAAUUGGGACUUGAUUUGAAAUUUUCUCGUUGUAAAAGCCGUCUUCCAUCAAAACAAUGUUUGGUUUGUCCAAAAUACUUUGACUGUCACAAAAUGGAUUGUAUGUUAUUUCCUUGUGGUUGCAUUAUUGGAUGUUGUUUAUAUGCUGAAAAAGCUAUUGUGCCGAGUGAAGGAGGUAAAUGUCCAAAUUGUAAUGAAGAAGUUAGUUCUUUACAAAAAGUUUUUAUUCAACAAGAUGCUUGUUCUUAAGAGAGAGAAAAUAUGUUUUGUUGUUAAGUUUGACAUUGACAUAUUUUUGAGA